CAAAACGCACCAUCUCCCGACAGGCAACAACCAAUAAAAAUACUUGUAAAUCAAUCAUGGCGACAGCGUGCGCCUUACAUUGCUGAGGAAGUAAAAUUGACAAUAUUGUCUGAAAUUAUUUCUGUAGAUCCUAAUCAUGGGGUCGUAUGCGAAAUUUGUUUCGGAAUACUGUAAAACUUGGGAGAAAUCCGGCAAGGAGCAAUUUAUAAAACAUGUGACUCAAUUUAUUAAAGAUCAAGAUAAAAGUCCACUAUUCUCAAAAUCUGGGAAACUGUCUGGUAUAUCUCAGACUAUUUAUGAUCUAUUGCUUAGUGGUCUUCGAGGGAAUCUUAAGAAAGAAGCUGUUCUUACAGUAUUGAGGGAUAUUUCUGUGUUGCAUGCUGAUAUCCCGUCAAUUAUACUAGAUGUAGUCUGUGUACUUGAUGCUGAGUCCUGUAAUGAUGUGCAGAGUGAAGAACGCACAAACUUUUGUCACAUUGUUAGAGAACUUGAGUCUUUCAUAUCAGAUAAACUACUAAAGGAAAGACUGGAAAUUGACACACUUCAAGAUGUUGGUACAUUGAAGAAUAAAGUCUUUUAUACAAAGUUCAUUAAAAUCAAGACAAAGUUGUAUUAUAAGCAACGGAAGUUUAAUUUAUUUAGGGAAGAAAGUGAAGGGUAUGCAAAGUUGAUUGUUGAAUUAAAUCAGGAAAUAAGUGAAGACACAGAAUGGAAAAACCUGUUGGAAAUUGUUCAGUCGCUAAUAGGUUGUUUUAACUUAGAUCCCAAUAGAGCAUUAGAUAUAAUUUUAGAGUCAUUUGAAGCACGUCCUCACUAUGAUCAGCUCUUUAUACCCUUAAUUAAAAACUACAUGGGUGAUCCUCAAGUGAUCUCUGAAGUGUUAGGAUUUAAACUAGGGAAUAUGGAAGUGCUUGAUAAUUAUAAGGAACCACCACCGCUGAUGACUGUUAUAGCAUUACUAUUACAAUAUCAAGUGAUAUCUCUUGAUGACAUAUAUCCAUGGUUACGACCAGAUGACUCCAUAAUGGCUAGAGAAGCAGAUAAGGAAUUGAAGGCUGUUCAAGAUUACAUUCGUAAACUGAGCAUUGUAUCUACAAAAGGACCUCAAACUAAUGGGCCAACUGAAUAUGUAGAAGACAAAUCAGACCCACAGGAGUAUUGGAGCAAUCAAAAGUUGGUUCUGUGUGAAGCAUUGCUGAAAGUGAACGCUUGGCGUGAAUUUGCGGCUUUGUCGGCGCGCCUGCCGACCACAAACAUGCCGCAGCGUCCAGCCGUCGCGUUGUGUGGAAUGCUGCAUGCUAUUGUAGAACCUUUGUACAGAAACAACUGUCGAGUAGCCCCAAAGAUUAUCGGUAAACCCAUCCCUCCACUUCAGUCGGUUCUAGCACCUCCAGCAUGUGAGAUAUUUGAAGAUAUGAAAGAGACAGUCAUACCUGCUUUGAUUUUAUUAGGACCAUCCCUUCAUUAUGAUCCUGUGUUAAUGUACAAAAUAAUUCGUAUUCUACGGACGGCUCGCUCAAUGAAAGAGGACCCUUUGCAUCAUGAAGCACUAACAGUAUUAGACGCGGCCAUAUUGCCGGCUCUUACUCUGAUGGACGGCAACUGUUGCAUGGCUGAGGAAGUUUACACCUUGUUGAAAUUAUAUUCAUAUCAAAGCAGAUACUGUCUAUAUUCUCGUUGGAAAAAUGAGGCUGCCGAAAGAAUACCAUCCUUAAUUCGAGUACGCGGGAAUUCCCUCCAAAGAAUCAAACAUAUAAUGAAACGUGUGUCGAAGGAAAAUAUUAAACCACAAGGUCGUCUCAUCGGGAAACUAUCGCAUGCAGCGCCAGCUUUAAUAUUCGAUUACAUGUUGCUGCAGAUCCAGACGUACGACAACCUGAUCGGGCCGGUGGUGGAGUCGCUGAAGUACCUGACGGGGCUGUCGCUGGACGUGCUGGGCUACUGCCUGCUGGAGGCGCUGUGCGGCGGGCGCGCGGGCGGCGGCGCGGCGCACCCGGCCUGGCUGCAGGCGCUGGCCGCCUUCGCGGGCGCCGCCUUCAAGAAGCACAACAUCGAGCUCACCGCGCUGCUGCAGUUCGUCGCCAACCGCCUCAAGGCGCAACAGAGUCAAGAUCUUCUUAUACUAAAAGAGAUAGUCCAGAAAAUGGCUGGUAUAGAAGCAGCGGAAGAAAUGACACCUGAGCAAUUAGAAGCAAUGGCUGGUGGUGAACUUCUUAAAGGAGAGGCUGGCUACUUUUCGCAAGUCCGAAAUACUAAAAGGUCAUCGGCAAGGUUAAAAGAAGCUAUUGUCGGCAACAAUUUGGAUAUCUCCCUGUGCAUUUUAUCAGCACAGCAACGCCAUUGCUGUGUUUGGAAAGAAUAUGAAGACGAUUUUGCUUCGAGUGGGGAACCGCCGGGCUCCCAACUAAAAGUAGUUGGCAGAUUAGCUGAUCAAUGUCAAGACGCUCUAGUUCAACUGGGAACAUUUUUGGCGUCAUCGCAUGCUCCAGAUGAAUAUGCCGCUAGAUUGCCCCCAUUACAGGAAUUGCUACGAGACUACCACGUCGAUGCUGAUGUCGCAUUCUUCCUCCAUCGCCCUGUAUUAGCACAAAAAAUCAGUGCUAAAGUUGAAUCCUUACGAAAACUCACUGAUUCAAAGUCUGAUUCAUCUGAGAAGGCCAUUGAAAGGUACACUCAGGCGGCUCAGGAAGCUUUGGAACCAGUCAUUCAAUCUGUUACACCUAUACUCCCGAUCAAAGUAUGGGAGGAUAUAUCACCUGAAUUCUAUGUAACAUUUUGGUCUCUUUCUAUGUAUGAUCUUCGCGUACCAGAAGAAAGCUAUGAUCGGGAAAUAGAUCGCUUAAAAAUCGCAGCAGCCAACGCGACUAAAGAUACGUCCCAAGGUUCAAAGGGCAAAAAGGAGCAAGAACGUUUCAAUGCUCUUAUUGAUAAGCUGCAGGAGGAGCGGCGGCGGCAGCAGGCGCACGCGCGGGCGGUGCGCGCGCGGCUGUCGCGCGAGUGCGGCGGCUGGUUCCCCGCGCGCGCCGCCAAGUCCGCCAAGAACGAGACCGUGACGCGCCUCAUGCAGCUGUGCCUGUUCCCGCGCUGCGUGUUCACGGCCGCCGACGCGCUCUACUGCGCCGAGUUCGUGCACACCGUGCACUCGCUAAGGACGCCCAACUUUUCCACGCUCCUGUGCUACGACAGAUUGUUCUGCGACAUCACGUACUCGGUGAUGUCGUGCACGGAGGGCGAGGCGGCGCGCUACGGGCUGUUCCUGUGCAAGGUGCUGGGCACGGCCAUGCGCUGGCACGGGGACAAGGCCGCCUUCCACCGCGAGUGCGCGCACUACCCCGGCUUCGUCACCAAGUACCGCGUGUCCAACCAGUUCACCGAGGCCAACGACCACGUCGGAUACGAAAACUACAGGCAUGUGUGCCACAAAUGGCAUUACAAGAUUACUAAAGCCAUGGUUGUGUGCUUGGAUUCGGGUGAUUAUGUUCAAAUACGUAAUGCGCUUAUCGUACUCAUUAGAGUCUUGCCGCAUUUCCCAGUACUUGCUAAACUGGCACAGAUCAUUGAACGGAAAAUUGAUAAAGUUAAAGAAGAAGAAAAGACUCAGAGACAAGAUUUGUAUGUACUUGCUACAGGCUACAGUGGGCAAUUGAGAAAUAAAGGACCUAAUAUGAUGCGAGAAAGUGAUUUCCAUCAGGUAGGUGAUAAGCACAAAAUAGCUGGUGCCGCUGCAUCAGUACCUGUCGCUGCUACUAAGGAAGACUCUUCGGCUCCUAAACCUGAACAAGAAACUGCGGCAUCACCUCCUCAAGCUGUCGAUGUUGACAAAAAAGAGACACGGGCUGACAGACGACGUGAAGAAGUAGACCGCGAUAAGGAAUCUAAACGCGAAUCACGAUCUACUCUCAAGGAAAGGACUAAAGAAGAAAUAAGAAGCAAGGAAAGAUCUCCUCGCGAACGCUCUCACAGGGAGGAGCGUUACCUGGAAACUGUAUCGCCACCACACGAUCAUCGCAGUAUUCCCGAUGAUGUAGAUCGAGAGGCAAAACGUCGUAAAGUAGAAAACAGCGGCAAUGGCAAGGGUAGCAAAGAGAUAGAGGAACGUUCACCAGAAAAGGAAAAACGAAAGGCUAAAUUGAGAGGCGACGAACGUAAAGAGCGUAAGAUGAAUCGUAAGAGGGAUAGAGCUGAGGAAUCCGCAAUACUAGAGCAAAAGAGACGUCGUGACGAACAAAAAGCUUUGAUCAAAAUGGGAAGUCACCAAAAUGGUUCUCAAGAAGAUCAUCACUAUGAAAAGUAUCACAAGAGGGAAAAGUCACCAUUCCGGGACCGUUCACACGAAGAGCCAAGAGAUAAACAUAGGCGGUCGAACGAGUCUAAAAUAAGAAGAUAAAGGCAGAUUCAAGAGACGAAGAUGGUAAUUCAUCAUACAAGAAUAUGAAAAUGUGGUACGAUUUUACGAAUUAUAAGUCUUAACCACA